AUGACUGUCAUCUUUCCCGUUUCAUCAGCACAAGAGCUUGACAACAACAACAAUAAUGGCAAUAAAACCACCAGUAACGACGAUGACUUAAUCCAAAACGAAGUGGCAGAUCGUGACGUGGAUUAUGAUGGAGGUUUUGUUGUCCCAGAAAACAAUGCUUUUGGUCAUUCUUUCAGGUUUAUCCCGCUUAAUUUGACAAUGGAUGGUAUAUAUGGUGUUCAAAUCAUGUUAAGAAUUCUGGCUCCCACGCAUGUAAAAGGACUACGAGAAAGAGAGUCAAAGAAGAGCUUCUGUGGAGGAAUUCUACAGAGAGAAUCACAUUCACCAGACAUAUGA